CACUCCGAGCCCGCCAGCCUGGCACAGCGGAGCCGCGCCGGGCAUGUGCUGAACUCUCCUACCUGGCAGGGCGCGCGCUCCUCGGCCAUGCUGAGCGCCUGGCUGGGGGCGCUGCUGCUCCUCUGGGUCGCGCCCAGGAUUUGGGGGGUCCUCCCGGCCGUCGAAGGACAACCGGUUGGAUCGCACGUGUGUAAAUAUGAGUGUGCCAAAUUCACCACCAAAAUCCCCUUGAACAAAUUGCAAAGCUACGAGAGGACAAACUGUGGGAAGUCCGGCAUCAUACUUACCACCAAGAUGAAUCGGACCUUUUGUGCCAACCCAGAUGACCAGUGGGUACAGGAUGUGAUGCGUAAACUCAAUCCAAAUAACGCCCCUCCAUCUUCGACGGUUGACCCUUCAGGGCUGGAACAGCAUGGUCACUUUGACACACUCUUAGGAAGUGCAGUCCCCAUGUCAUCUCAAACUAGGCAUCCCACUAAAACACUCAGCACAGCUGCCUAUGGAAUAUCAACAUCUUCUGUUACAAGAGCAGGAGAUUUGGGACCUUCUGCAAUCAAUUCCACGUUGCUGGGGCCGCAGACUGGAACACCUUCUGCCCGCUCCACUUCCAGGCCAGAAGUGGUUGUUUCCAAAACUGCAAUUCGACCUGAACCUUCUGCAAAUAGAAGCACACCUUAUUCUGCUGAUGGACCAAAGAGCUUGGAGGAAGGACUUGCUCCUGCUGGGAAAGGCCUGGAGGAUACCAGUGGAUCAACACGUGACUUGGUGGGACUGCCUGCUUCUCUAGGCACCAAAGCAACAGAGGCUGUUGAUGAUGAGGAUCACAAGGCAUCUCCUACGCAAUCAGCGCUCCAUCCCUCUAGCACUAUAAUAAACCUUUUAAAGAAAACUUUCACAUCUAAUGACAGGCUCCUGCCUUCCUCUGAUCCACAGGGUUCAGCAAUAAAACAAGUGGCUGAGAAUCCAAACGUUGGUCUCUCUACUGUCCCUCAAAGGGUGGACUUUUCUCGUGUAGAUGGUGCACAGGCCAGCACUGAUGGGAGCAAAAGCAGCUCUGUUAAAGACAAGAGUGACAUUGUGAGUGCUCAUGGGGAGGCUACGGAGGCAAACAGGCGUGCUUUUUCCAAAUCUUCAAGUACUCUGUCUCAAUCAGUUCUUCGAGAGGAACACUUUAUGGGCAAAAGCAGAGGAGAAGCCACCACAUCAUCUCCAGAAGUCCCCUUGACUUUUCUGCCCGGUGCCGUGGCUAGGUACCAAAUUCACAUCAUCGCCAUGGUUUUCCUGGGGUUUGCCUUCUGUGUCUACUUAGCUGUCACAGGACUGUGUGCUAAGAACCAUCAUUUUAUACGCCCCGUUCAAAGGAAUGUUGCUACGGCUACAAGACCGACCAGCCCCUUCCUGUUGCACGGAUAGUGAGAUACUACGAGACCCCCAGUGACUGUAACUUAGAAGCUGUGGUGUUUGUCAUGAGGAAUAAGAAAAAAAUCUGCGCUAACCCCAGUAAAUCGUGGGUGAGAAGGACAAUUGACAUCUUGGAGAGACGAAAAUAAAAGCAUGGUUUAUAAGAGCUAGUGAUGUGCCACACUCCGACCUUAGGAAAGAUGGUCGCUAACUCUGCCUCUUUCCAGAUCUUCACACAACUCCUUCUUGCGGUAUCUUUUUCAUUGCUAUAUUCUGCAUGUGAAAUCUAAGUGGCCCUGAAAAUGUUCUAACUGAUAUGGGCUCCACACUCACACACAAAUCCUAUGAAAAUUAUAGUUUUGUGAAUUGCUAAGAAGUGUCCAGAAUUCCUUGUUUGGGAAUAAGUCAGGUGAAAAACCAGUUUGCAUCCUCCUCUUGUUCCGCCACGGCCUUUCAAAGUAUAACCAUUAAAUUGUAAUAACAGAACAAAAUGUUCAGUCAGACCGAAUUCUUGCUUACUGAGAAUGUAUUUUUGAAGCUGUUUUUACAUUUGUGUUUGUUAGGGAAUUACAUUUGUAUUUGUUUUAUGGAAUUUUAAACCAGAUGUAACCUUCUAUGAAUUCUUGUUUAAAGGAGAAAGCUGGAAUAUGAGUGUGAGCUAUGAAAAUAAAAUAAAAUAAACAUGAUAGUU